UUUUAGUUCAUCGCCUGUCGGCUGCCCUCCCUCACCCCGGCUGGCCAUCGACCCAAAUCAGCUGCACUUUGACGACUCGCCCUGGACUGGGAUGGAUAUCAAUAUCAUGAUGGCUGGUCCCCACUAGCCUCGAAAGCUGUAAGUGCACAGUCUGGUUGUUUUCUUUCGUUUUGGGUGCCUGCUCGCUCUCUUGGGCCCUGGAGUGGGACAGCUGGACUGGUCGGCGAGCCAUCCCACCAUCUGCGCCUUGUCGAUACACAAACAAAUACUACUUAAACUGGCGCCCUUUGUUGUGUAGAAGCGAAAAUCUGCCCUCUCAUUAUCCCAAUCAUCCUAUUCCCAUCCAUCCAGCUGCAGACUAAUCAAUUUACCCAUAAGAUUUCGACUCUCCUUGGGAGUUAUUACGACGGAAUCAUGGCAGAUUUCGAUACAUCUUUCUACUCCACUCAUUGUCAGGAUGACUCCCUCUCCCGAUAUCUACUCAAGCGCAAACCGUCAACCGACAGUCUCCGAGCACGACUCGAGAGCCUGGCCGAUCCAGGCAAUCCCAAGCGCGGCAAGCAAAACCCUUCAAAAAGCCCCGAGAAACUCCACCGCUCACCGCGAAUGGUCCGAAUCUCACGCAAGAUCCUCAAGAGUAAACCCCAGGAUCUGAAGGACGAGCAAGUUGAAAUCAAGAAAAUCACCCGCGAGAGACUGUUUUGGCAUAAACAACAGGAGAAUGCUCGAAGAGAAGAAGAAGCUCAUACCCCCGCCUCCCUGGAUGCAGGCUCAGCCUCCAAUACCAACAACAACCUCAACUCGAUCUCCAAAUUAGUCCCAUCCACCUGCUUCCGACCCAAACACAUAGGAAUCCAGCAGCUUAACGCGAUCAGGGACCAGAUCCAACUCAUCAAGCAAGAUCUAUCCCACAGGUACCCUGAAUUACCAUCCCCAAAACCCGACGAUUGGUUCCGAGAGGAGGAGGAGUUGGAUACCCUCUCUCAAAUCACAAACUCCUCCAAACCACAUCGUCGAGCAAGCAUUAUCCCCCACAAAUCAAGGGCUAUUGUCGAGAAAGGAGUGGGAUCCAUCCAAAGAAAAAUCAAAUCCAUCAAACUCAAGACCUCUCACUCAUCCCCCACCGAUCUCAAUCCUCGAGCCCUUCCUCAAAAGCCCUCCCAAGACCCUCCUCUACCCCCGCUCCAAUCAGAACAAGCCAGCGCACCCUCAUCAAUCCCACCCAGUCUAACUAACUUCACCAUCUCCAUCGGAACGCCUGAUACCGACUUGAGUCAGGCACGAUUCGGAUCCCAACAAGUAUCGCCAAAUUCCACUAAUCGGUUUCCAGGCAAGGGUCAGAAGAUAUUCCGUCCAAUUGAUACAGGAAAAACCAAGUCAUUAAUCUUACCUGCUUCAAUUACAGAAAAUGACGAGUCUCACGAGCAUCAGACCCCCCCUCACAUUAUCGUUGACCGGGAUCAUUUUACCACCGCCUCUUCCACCCCACGCCCUUCUCAGCUCUCAAUUGUUACCGAAGGGCUCUGCGAACCAGGCCCAUCGAUUCAGAAGAAACCCUCCUUACCCGAAGGCUUUGCGAACCAUAUCCCCCUCAACGGUGAUACCGAAUCCAGCGGUCCUAUAUCGCCCAGGAACUGGCCGGUCAACUCGUCGGUGGUACCCCAAUGGCAAAACUCUGCCAUGGAGUUCCUGGCCGAUGACACGACUGGAAAAAUCGAUCGCUGGGUGUUUUCGUCAAGUCUUAUGGCCAAGCCCUCUGACCCAUCACCACCCCUCAAUCGUCCAUCGCACAGACUCUCCCUCGAGCUCCCACCGCGCGACUCUUCGGACACGCGCAGAAGGAGAUCAGAGACCGAGUCGCUCUCUCAUCAAGCCUUCUUAUUCCCCGGGUUUCCAGCCGUCGCCAGGGAGCCUUCCGAGUUCCAGUUUGGUCCCAACGCGAUCAUCGAUCCUCUCUACUUCAUCGAGAAGCCCGGGCCUAGUCAAGUCAUCCUGGCCACUGAUGUCCUCAUCGAACAACAGGGUGGUCUCAGCUUCUUGGGCCAGGAAAACUUCAACGAACGCUUCCCCUCAUCCGACCUUGGCAGACCGUCAAAACCAUCAGACACAGUAGUACAAACCCCACAUUCCACCGACACCUUUCCUCUGCCUACACCGGAGUGGUAUUGGUUAACAGAGUUCUCGAUCGACCUGCAGUCGAAGCCGGUGGACUCAAACGGCUGGGAAUACUAUGAUAUCUUCAGUCGUAAAUGGUCCGCCCACAGACACGGCUGUCGGACGUUUAUCCGCCGGCGUAGAUGGGUCCGUGUUCGAGGAAAACUGGAUACUUCCAACCUCGUCAAUCCCGCCCCGGCUGACUUCCACAGUGCUCGUGUUUCACCUCCUGGUGAAGUUUCAUCAGACCAGCAACCCCAAAGAACUGUAGUUCUACUAAAGAAGCACGGAGCACAUCAGUCGAUCCUGUUUAACUCGUUGACCCUAGAGGGGGGCCAUUCACUGACGAUGGACCUUCCGGGCUUCCCAACUCUGGAAGUGCAUUGGGACGACAGCGGCCUGGCGGCCCAAAACCCGCUGUUUUCGAGCCAGACCGUGGCCAGCGAGAUCGGGCGAUACUUGACUUCCCACGCCGGGGGCUCGAUUGAACUCGACAAACAAGAGGAGAUCCUUGAGUGUUUGAAGGACCUGUUGGCCACCAUCAAUUGUCAGCGUGUGGCUAAGACCGUCGCGGGUUUGUCCGACCCCCAGAAGGUCAACCUUUGGAGAUAUUGGCUCGAGUCUGAUUCAUCGGUGGACUCAUCCGUGAUGAACAAGCCCGAAGCCGAUGACAUCUGGAGAGUGGUUGAACGACAUAUCACCGACGUGCUGGGCACGUUUGUUUUUGAUUUCUCUCGGGCGAGAUUCAUGAACCUUGUAGUCGACCUCUAUUCCCGAGGCUGCAGCCCAUCAGUAGUUCCCAAAUCGAAGGGAGCAGCUACCCAGAGCAGAUCAGAAGAGCAGGACGAUCAAGUCACGCCAUUAAAGGCCCCACGCCCGACCAAGCGCGCCUAUUCCCGUCCGACUCUGAGCGCGCACACGUUCCUCAAGGCCGGCGAAGCACCGAGCUUCCUGGUGAUCAACCAGAUCCAACUGGAGUAUUGGAACAACCUCCUCAACCUCUUUGCUCAGCCGAACAAUAAUCAUCCAAGGCGUCCAUUCGUUGUCGACCAGCCCAUCCGCAUCAAGCUCUCCGCCGCUAAGGAGAUCCGUUUGGACUUCCACAAAUACCUCAAAUCUCAAAACAAACUCAAGCGUGCCGCUACCAACGCUAAAUCCUCCCCGAAUCAUCUCCCCCCUCGCUCUUCCUCCUCUUCCAAAACUUAA